GCAGACGAGCUGUACACCGAGCUAGACCACGUGUGCAAUCUCACCAGGACGUCGUCAGUUCGAAACCGGAGAAAUUAUGCCCACCUCGACAUUGGUUCCAUGGGAGUCGACGUAGCCACUGGGCCCGUCACCAAUCUGGACCAGGCCGACCAUCAGAACAACAGCUUGCUGGACAAUGAGGGCAUAAUGGGUCGGAAGCAAGGCCUUAGCUACUCCAUUAACCAACCUGACCUCAUUGAGCACGUGAUCCAACGGAACAACCUUCAGCAACAGCCUAACAACCAGAUCGCCACCGACAACCAGGACAACCAAGAUGAAAGGGAGAGUGAUGACAAGUGUAUGCUAACUCCUGAAGGUGGCGAAGCAGGUAUCGACUCCGGCAUCGUUACAGACGGAGGCUCGACGUCAUCCUCGAACUCCUCACAUCAAGGGCAUCACUCACCCACUCACAUCCCCCACAUGACAGCAGGACAUACACAGGAUCUGUAUGCCCUGCCAGUGAAGCGGCCAGCAGCCCAGACGGGGUCACAGAACUCGACACCGACGCACCAGCCCGCACAGACUGAAAAUCACACCGAGAAGACAGACCCGCCCAUAGAGGACACCCUUCCACCUGGAUGGGAAAAACACGAAGAUAACGACGGGCCAUAUUACUGGCACAUAAAGAGUGGCACCAUCACCCGCACUCCGCCAGAGCCCACAGACACCGUCACCGCAGCACCCCUGAGGGCUGAGCGGCGCCACAAAGAAUCGUCUGACCAGACAAGCAGUAGCGUGGCAGGGACGGUGACAAGGAGCAACACUUCCUCUGCUUUGUCUGAGCUCUCCGACUCUCGCCCGCGCACCGCUGCCGUCGACAAUGCUUACAAGCGACGCAGUUACCCCGCCCGCAGCGACAUAACCGAGGGCAGCGGGGGCCGCCCCAUCCGCUUCGCCGUCCGCUCGCUGGGCUGGGUGGAGAUCGCCGAGGAGGACCUGACGCCCGAGCGCUCUUCCAAGGCCGUCAACCGCUGCAUCGUCGACCUCUCCGUCGGCAGACGUGAUGUGCUCGACGUCGUUGGAUGCUGGGGAGAUGGGAAGGACCUCUUUAUGGACCUUGACGAAGGCUCGCUCAAGCUAGUAGACCCCGAGAACCUGACAGUGCUGAACACUCAGCCCAUCCACACAAUCCGCGUCUGGGGCGUGGGCCGUGACAAUGGCAGGGACUUUGCAUAUGUAGCUCGGGAUCGUGUGUCAAGGAAGCACAUGUGUCAUGUUUUCCGGUGUGACACUCCUGCCAGGACGAUUGCAAACACACUAAGAGACAUCUGCAAGAAGAUUAUGAUUGAACGUUCACUUCAGCAGAAUAUGAACAAACCCCUUGAUACAAGUGCCAGUAGUGGAGGUGGUACUGGUAGAUUGACACGACCCACGAACUUGCCCACUGAACAUCGCCGAGUUCAUCGUCAUCCUCAAAUCAUUCCUGCUCAGUCAUUCCCCACACCAAUGGAGGAACCAAAGAAGGUCAUGCGUGUCGAGUACGUUGGUAUGCUUCAAGUUGAAAGACCCUCAGGCAUGGAGACCAUCAACACUGCAAUUGACAGAGUAGCUGAAGAAAACCCAAGACCUUGGAAACAAGUGUCGGUGGCUGUUGCUCCUUCCACCGUUACUGUCACAAAUACAGAUGAUGGAAAGCAAAUAGCCGAGUGCAGAGUUCGAUACCUGUCAUUCUUGGGUAUUGGUCGUGACGUCAGGCAUUGUGCCUUCAUCAUGCACACAGCCCAGGACCAAUUUAUUGCCUAUGUGUUUUAUUGUGAGCCAUCCACUGGGGCUCUCUGCAAGACCAUUGAGGCUGCAUGCAAGCUGAGAUACCAGAAGUGUUUGGAUGCCCACCCAGGCGUGAGUCGUGGCAGGGGAGCAGGAACCCCCCGCAGCAUUUCCUCCACCCUGCGCUCCAUGUUUGGUUCCAUCACUGGACGGAAGGCUCGGUCAGCAGAGUCUUGAGAUGAGGACUCACCUCUGCAGGUAAUCACUUCACUCAUGUCAAGACCUCAGUGAUGUAGAGUGACAUGCCUUGUGAAGAGACUUAGGACUUGGCAUAAGAUAACAGUUCAUUUAACAGUGAUACUUUCAAGUUAUGUGUGUGUGUGUGUUGUUGGAGAAUUAUUUCUCAUACUGCAAACCCUGCAUAGUGCUGAGGACAGUAUGUAUGACAGUGGUUUCUAAAAUAUUUUUUAUUUUAUUUAAUCCUAAUAAAAGAGUGAGCAGCCUAAAGAUAAUCAAAUUGGAAUUGGAAGUUUUACAGACUUUUGUUAAGCACAUAUAAUUUUGUUGUGCACUUAGUCAUUCUGGUUUUGUACUUUACUUUAUGUCUUCUAUCAGUGUAGAUUUUUAGGAAUUGAUUUUAUGCACUGUGUUACCAAUUGGUAGAGUUUGUUAGUUGUAUGUAUUGUUGCCACUUUUAAGAAUGAAUAUCAAGUAGACUUGAAUCUGAAGAAGAUAAUGUUACAUGAAUGGCAUGAAUCUAGAUCUAUAUGUAUAUUGAGGUUGUACUUAAAUGACAUUAAAAAAGAUGACAAAAAACAAAAGAUUUAGGGGCUAAUGGAAGUCAAACUUUUCCCCCUCAGAUGCGCCAGUUCUCAUUGCAAUUUUAAUGUAAGUUUCAUGCAGUGAAAUGGAAGCAUUUGAAAGCCAUGCAAAAAUUGACUGGUCAGCAGUACUGUUGUCAUUUUGCAGCUGUGACAUGAGCAUCAAAGCUUGAUUUUAACUUUAUAGAUUUGUGCUAUGACAGAUUCACUGAUCUUGUUCAAAAGCAAAGAGAAUUCUGCUAUUUAGGAGUCCACUGUGUGCUUUCUUCACAUUUUUAGCACAUGGCAGUUUAAGGAUGUAUUGCUGUUAAUUGUUCAAGUGAAUGAAGACAGUUCUUUGUGAAAAUACCUUACAGUGAAACAUGUUAGAAAUACCAUAUGUGAUCACAAGUGGAUAUAAUGAGAUCUAGAUUUGUAAUAGUUUUAUAGUUUCUGAGAAUACGAUGAUAUAUAAAUUUUUAUUUCAUAAUGGCUUGAAGUUAACUUGUUGACUUCAACCAGGAUAUUCCUCAGUACAGUACACCUUAUUGUAUUGCACUGAUUUUAGAUAAGAGCAACAUGGAAUAUGAUUGCUUUGUAAUGACGAUUUUUCAAAAAUUUUAUGAUGUACUUAACAAUCCCUAACACUGAAAAGGUAUUUUUAGUGUUAUUCAGCCCAUGGUGUUUCUGACCUGUAAAAGAGAAGCCUGUGUGAUAUCUUCCAAGAUCAUAGAUUCUCUCAUACAUAAACAUCAAGAAUUCCAUUCUCAGUUUGAAAAACACAUCUUAGAAGUACCUGUGUAUGGUGUAUUUUGGAUAAUUUUGUAUAUGUGAAAAUAUAAUUGAAAUUGUUUUUAUAACUGGUCAGACUGCCUAUUUUAGAGGAAAACAAAAGCAAAAAAUUUCAAACAAGCUUGUAGAGUUUGAUUUUUAUGCUCAGCAGUUUUAUUUGAGUUUCUUUUUACACUUGAUGCUCUGCCUUUUUGGGCUACAAAGUGUAUGUGCAUCCUUUUAGUGCCUGUCUGUCAGGCCUUCUUUGCCAGGCAUGCGAAGGAGGCAAUUUGCACGAUCUGUAAGUUCUAACUUUAGUGUAAAAAGUGGCUUUUCAAUGAAUAUCACCUAUUAUACAGAUCUAAAAUUUAAUGCGGAGAUUAACUUACAAAAUUACAGGAUGAGAUAAGAACGUGGAAGCAAAAAGAAAUUGGUUAAAUGGAAGACUAUAUUAUUUAUUUGUCUGGAGAAUUGGGUACAGUGAAAGCUCUUUAUAAUGCUUUAGAGGCAAAAUCCUUUUCCAGAUUUAGCACCAUGAGGUGGUGUGAAUAUGGUGGUGUUUUUUUUUGUUUUAUUUUUCUACUGAUGAAAGAAUUUAAAGAUUUUUGGCGUAGUUUUCAUUUAGGAUUUACAUCAAUUGCCAUAUGGUAUUACCAGAUAUUGUACAACUGUGUACAUUCUUGACCAUGUGGGAUGGAAGGACUAUAAGCCGUCCUGUUAUAGAUAUUCCUGUAUCCUAUGUCAAGGAAUGUUGUUAGGUCUUGUAGUAUUAUCAGUUCCUUUCACAUAGUUACUGAUAAUCACCUGCUAUUUCUAUUUAUAAUUUGAAUGCAGAUUAUGCUGUUGAAAUUGGGUUCAUAAAGAGGUUUUGCUGUAUCUUUUUUAAUCUGGAAUAAAGUGCUAACACUUGUUUACGCAUCACUUCACUCCUCUGGAGAUGCAGUGAUGUGGUUCAUUAACUACAUUAACAAGUUAUAGUAGGUGAUGUAGAUGUACACUUAUAAUGGCAAGGCUGUGUAUUACAUGUACUGUAUGUUAUGUAGAAUUGUAUUGUACAUGUUAUUUCUAGCUGUUUUUGGUUGUGUAGAAAUUUUAGCUGGACUUGAUAAUGGGUUCUGUGUGCGUGUGUGUUUAAUGGUGAAGGAAUUUCUGACUUUCCUCUUCCUAAUGAUAUUGGGCGAUAUACAGAUUUAUUUUGAAUAAUCUUAUUUUCUUAUAUGAUUAGUACAUUUGACUCAGGGUGUAUCUCCUAAUCACAUGGGAAGAUUCUUUCAACAUUCUCUAAUAAGGUUGGUUUGAAUAUUAACAUAUAUACAUAUUAUGUGUGUAGUAAAAAUAUCACUACUGCUCUCAUUACUAAUAGUUAGCAACUGAAAUCCUCAUAACCUACUACUUACUCCUUCUUACUAACACCUACUAACCUGACAGGACUUCUGGGCCCAGUCUGCAGAGCGUGAGGUCAUCCCGCACCGCCACCUGACCAGCCCUGGUGGAGGCUCCACUUCCCCGACUGUGUCAGGGUGUCCCUUUUCCUCACGACAGGUGCAGGCAUUGGUCUCUCCCACGUGUGAAUCUCCCCACUCCUUUAGCACUCUCCAUCGCUCUCCAACCACUCAAGCCCUCAUGAAGGUUCCUCCCACACCAGCCACGCCCAUGUCCCCCAUGGAUGCCCUCCGUCGCCUCCAACUCCCUCCAGAUCUCUCUCCUCAGGAAGAGGAUUUAGAGGGUGGAGUUGACCUGGAGGAGGGAGUAGGGGAUGAGGAAGAUGAUGGCGUAGAGGAACUAGGAAGUACCUAAACUGAUCAAUGAAAUAUGCAGUUUUCUGCUUCAGAAGUGAAGUGCCAUUCAGCCAACAUGGUUAACUGCUACAGUCCUAAUAGUUUAACAAAAACAGCUGUACUGAUAUGCUUGAUGAGUUGGUAUCAGAAGCAACAGCAUGAAUUCAUUUCAAUAAAUAAUUUACAAAGUAAAAUGAUCUAGAGAGCAACCUAAAUCAUAUAUCCUAAUAUGCCCUCCAUACAGCCAUGCACAAUAUGGCAUCUUUUAUUUUUUGACUUCAGUAGAAAUGGUAGACUCCCUUAAGCUGAUAAUUGCAUCAUAUUUCCUGACUUCCUAAGUUCCUCUCUAGUCACCCGCCACUUUCCUACAGAUUGACAUAUAAUUUUGUCACAAGUGAUAUAUUGUAGACAAGACUGGAAAGCUAUAUCAUAGACAUAGAAAAUGGAGAUGGUUUGGAUUUUACUAUAAGGGGAUUCCUAUUAAUCCAAGUAAUGUGGGCGUGUGGCUUGGUGUUUGGAUCUGGUUUGGUGUACGCACGUUCAGCAGGGCCCAGAUUGGCUGGUUGUGUGUAGACUACCUUGCAUCACAAAUCUUCUGCACGUACUCAGUAUGGUUGAGUUUAUAAACGUAAGAAUAUCUUAAGAACUCAUUCUGGCCACUCUUUAGCAAGCUCUAAGUGUGCAUAACACGAGGAAUUCUUGGAAUUCUUACUUUAUGAAGACAGCCUCCGCUUCUCGGUACUCCCGUGGAAGAGAUCAUCAGCAGGGGAUCAAGUUGUGCCUCUGCUUGCGUAGAAAUUUUGCUAACCACUAACACAUUGAUGUACAUUUGUGAAUGUUUUAUGUGGCCUAGUGCAACUGUAUCUCUUUCUCUGCUUUAUCAUUAUUGUCACAGGAACAUGCUAUUUGUUGGAUGUUGACUGAUCUGUGUUUGGCCCAUGUUGCUGAGCUUAAUUAUUUUUACCUUUUUACAGUGAAUGAUCAUAGUGGUUAUAUAUAUAUAUAUAUAUAUAUAUAUAUAUAUAUAUAUAUAUAUAUAUUAAUUAGAUGACUCAACAGAAGUUCAUGAAUAUUCUGUAAUAUGGUGAAAAAAGUUAUGCUUAGAAUUUAAACUAAUCAAACACUGUCAAGUUAAGGUCACAGUAUAGCACUCAGAACAACUAGCUAAGUAUGUUUGGUGAAACAUAACUUUAACCUCACUGUCAGCUGUGUUGUAUAUAUAAGCAUACACACACACACAUAUAUAUAUGUGUAUGUAUAUGUAUAUAUAUAAUGUAUGUAUGUAUGUAUGUAUGUAUGUAUAUAUGUACAGACACACUUUCUUUUCUUUUCUUUUCUUUUAUCUUGUGUGUGACAAGAUUCUUGGUCAUUCAAUCUCUCAGCUUUGUUCAAAACAAUUACUGUACCUCUUCAGCUGAACUCAUAUAGGCUACUUCUAAUCUUGUUGACUGUGAGUGAAUGUUUUCUUGUUACCGCAUAUAGCCAAGUAACUAGUCGUUAACAUAAUGUACUUAUGAGUGCUUGACUGGAGAAACUUUACAUACUUAGGGAUAUAAAUCAGUGAGCACAAGGAGCUUAGUCAGCUUGCAAGAUCUCCAGGUCUGCAUGGAUAUAAAAGGGCAGCCAUAAGUAAUUGUAGGUCAGAUUAGACAUCAUUGAUUGGGAAUAGUAUUAUUCCCACUCUUGUUUCUUUUGCUUGUAGCUCCCAUCUGUAGCAUAUAAUACCAUAUUUCCUUGUGCCCAUUGUGAAUAACACAUACAUAAAGCCUUAGGUGUAAAAUAGAACCUAUGUAUUUGUAGUGUUCACUUUGGUCAGUCACCUGAGCCUCCUAAACUGACCCACAGAGGGCACAUAUUCCACCAAAGUCAGUUGAUCAUUGUUAUUUUUAUUUUAUUUAUAUAUUUUUCAUAAGAAGCAUCUCAUCAGAUCGUGAAAGCUACUUGAAUUUCUGCCAUCUUUCUUUUCUUAGUAUUUUUUAUUUAAAUAAUAUAAAUAACUAAUAUAUAUAUAUAUAGUAUGACAAUUUGCAAUGCUAGAAUUUUAAGGCAUGAAAACAUGGUGUGUUGAGAUAGCUUCUUGACAAUUUAAUGUGAAAAAACUUAGGUUGGGUCACUGUAGGAGAAGUCCACACAGCACAGUAACAUACAUGUAGCCACAUCAGCAACUAUGGAUCUUAACAAAUAUGCCAGUAACUAUUUAUAGUUAAGUAAAGAAUGUCUCUUUUAAUUUAGUACUACUGUGUACUUGCUUCUUUAAUAAUUAGAUCAUUUUGAAUUAGCAUCACAUUGUUAGUGGCAUUUGUGUAAAUUGUGAAAUAACCAUUUGUUUUUAUUUCUUAUUUCCUUACAUUUUGCAAAAUUAUUACCAGUAUGUCAUGGAGAACUGUAUGUAGGAAUUACAGGAUGUUGAAUACAAGAUAAAUAUUUACGGCAUGUUUCAAGUUCUGAAUAUAGUGUAGGUCAAAUCCAUGGAUGUCAAAUGCAUUCCAGGGACAGAGUUCUGGAGAAAGAAUAGAACUUUCCUUAUUGAGACCUAUCGUUGCUGGUUAUGUUACGAUCAUUGCCAUAGUUACCAGCAUGUGGUAAAUUACCCAUGAUUUGUGUAAAAGUUUAUGAUUGCUGGUGUAUACUGGAACAGUUGAAACUUGUCAGAAAAAAAAUCUGAAUUUUGCAGAACCAGUUAGUGCUUUUUUAUUUUAACUGACAGAACUGUAUAAAGUAAGGUUAAAUAUACAGGUAUACUGGUAGAUUUUAUGAUUUUAUCUCUUGAAAAAGUAGAAUGGUUCUUGCAUUGGUUUAGAUAAUGCCAUACAUACAUUCCAUUGAGGUAGUAUAUUGAUUUGAGGGAGGAAUAUUGUUAAAGCCAAGGCCAUUUGUAGUGGCCAUUCUAGAUUGAAUAACAGUAGAUUGUAAGGCUCAUAAUUGUUUAUUAAUGUUCAUGUCCAGUCAUUGUGAGAGACCAAGGAACUGUAAUUCCCAGUUUCAUGGUUAUACCUUAAGUAAUUAAGAUGACUGAAGCAACCAUUUGCAUUAUUUCUGAAAUUUUUUAGUUCAAAUGCCUCUUGAGAUGUAAUACUUUAUGGGUGAAUUUUUGUGUAUUUUUGUAUUUCAGUUACACAUGUAUGUACAACUCCUCUGGCAAGUCAUGUAUUUAAGUGCCUGUCUAUUUGCAUUGCAGGCGCUUACACAAACUUUAUCAAUGUUGAUACCCAGGUGUGAGCAAAAUACAUUAUUACAUAGAAUAAA